AUGACGGACGAGGACUGGCCGUCUCAGAAAUUCAGGGAUCAUGUGAUUAAUAGGCUUGAGCCGGAACUCCAAAGGAAUCGGCAAAAUGCUCCUAAUCUUCCUGUUCCCGGAGAUGCCCGACAAGUAGAAGAAUAUGUAUUUCAAAAAUGUGUUACCAAAGAUGAAUACAUGAGAACUAUAGCCAAGGUUAUUAAUGCCAUUAAUUGCAAUUCAAAGUCGGCUGCUGUUCCGCCUGUGUUACAACCUCCUUCGUUCCAUAGCCCUCCAUGUUCUACUCCGUCUAGUGUUAACAGUGGGUCUACUGGGUCUAGCAGUUAUCGUACUACCGUUCCUCCAGACCCCCAGCCUACACAGGCUCGGAAUCAACAACAAACACAGCAAAAUCAGCAAGCACAGCCCUCCUCCUCAAUACCGAAUUCUGGUGCUGGGCCGCAACCUCAGCUCUCCCCUGUAUUUUCGAUCCCUGAUGCUUUACCAUAUCAAGCACCUCCUAUGGGUCAACCACCUCCACAAAUGCAACCUACCUCACAACAAAACCCCAUGCAAGGAGCUAAUGGAUACGGGCAAUAUAAUAUGAUGCCGCCUCAAGGUCCAAUGGGACAAUACGAUAAUAGAAUGCCUAAACAACCGAAACAAGAGCCUAUGGCUCGCGGUUGGGAUGGCCAACAUCCUUAUCCCAAUGUAGCUCCAUGGGGACAAGGUGGAUAUCCACCACCUCCACAGGCUGCUCAGAAUCAUGUUCCUCCCCAGCAGAAUGUUUCUGGGCAAGGAUCUGUUCUCGAGUCUCUCAUAAACCAGCCCCAGUUUCCUCCUCAGCCUCAAAUCAGUCGUCCAACAAUGUCUCAAGGAGCUGAAAUCAUAAAUUCCGCUCCCCCAGGGGCUAUGGACGAGCCUAUGUUAACUCCGGAAGAAAAGAAUACUUAUAAUAAUAAGCUUAACUCUUUGAGACCAUAUAAUCCUCAUAUAAGAACACGAGCCCAACAAUGCCGGAUGCAGGGCAACAAAGAAGCAGCUGCUAAGUUAGAAACUAUGCUGGGUGUUCUGGAAGGGAGGCGAAUUGUCAGCUUGGGUUAUCUAGAAAAUUUGGAAAAUUGGAUAUAUAGAAAGAGUGAUAUGCUGGCUCCACAAGGAAUGCGUAUGCCUCCAAAUGGGCAUCAUCAACCUCCACAGAAUAUGAUGAUGGGAAUGAACCCAGAUGGAAGCCCUGUAGCUCAUCCAAUGCAUCAUGCUCAAGGAUAUCCACCUCAUCAUUCUUACAUGGCUCCCCCUCAAAUGUGGUCUCCCCAUCCUGCACAUAUGCCUCCCGGAGGUAUGAUGAUCCAACCAGGAGCUCAGAUGCAACAGCAAGGAGGACCUGGUCCUAUACAUCCAUCAUACAGCAGAGAGAUGGUCGAACAUCAUCGUCCAUAUCCUCCGCCAGCCAAUAUGAGAAACAUGAGAAAUCAACACAUGGUUCGGAUGAUGAAUCCAAGUGGUCAUGUACCAGGUGUUGAGGGUAUGCCGCCCCACGGAGGAGCUGAUCCAGUGCGGAUACCAAACUCAACAGGGAUGGAACAGCACAUGAAUACUCCUCCUCCUCCGAAUAGCGGAAAUAUGAAUAGUUUUGACAUUCCUCCUAGUCAGUUACAUGGUAGACCCGGCUAUCAUCCCAAUGCCAAUGUUGCUCCUGAACAUUCUAAUGUUGAUGAUCUCUAUAACGUCGAAGACCUUUUGCCCACUCCUAUGGAAGCAUUGAACAAUCAGCAACCACCAUAUCAGCAGAACUUACAAAAUCAAAGUGCGAACGAUGUGCGAAGCCCGAAUUGCGGUACAUUAACAGAAACCGCUAGGCGGGAGAUCACUUCUCUAACCGAUAGAUUCGAGUUUGAUAGCACGAAUACUGAGGUUCGAGACAAAGGUUGCGUCCUUGUGAAGUGCAAACUAAGGGCAAUGCAGGUUCCGCCUUUGCGUCUUUUAGUCCCUUUUGCCUAUCCUAACGGGUCCAUUACUAUCGAUAGAGCUGCAAUAGAUUUAGACGCUUAUUUUUACGACGAUCUUCAAAAUUAUGUUCAUGACCGGCUAGGGCGUGGUGAUUUACAGAGCAUUACAGAUUAUUUGAAUACUUGGGAAGCGACAGUGCGAUUAUAUUAUAAUAACCAAGGUGCGGCUACGAACCCAUCAACAGGCUUCGAUGAUAUGUUCAAUUACGAACAUCUUCUGAGUAGUUGA